AUGGCAGAGGUUAAAAGGCUACUUAAAGAAGCCAAAAAUGCCCUAGCUGCUGAAGAUUACGAUGAGGCAAUCAAUUGUUCCCUUCGCACUUUAAAAACCGAUCAAAACAAUUACAUCGCGCAUGUUUUCUUAGGAAAAGCCUACUCUUGCGUUGGAGAACUGAAAGAUGCCAAAAAACACUAUCUGCUUGCCCUUAAGCUUCAGCCAGAAAAUAUCUUAGCAUGGAAAGGAUUUUUCACGCUAUUUAGAAGUGAGGGCACUGUUCCUGAUGUUGUUACGUUCGAGGAAUAUUUCGAGUUUUGUGGAGAAUAUGCUGAAGUAUUACUUCAACAUCAAUUGCCACUGGUGGAUCUCAUUGAUGAUAUAAGGGCCUUUAAGAGUAGUCAUAAGGAUUGCCAGGAAGCGUAUCUUCGACACCUUUUACCUGGUAACGCAUUGGGAGAUCAUCUCGGAAGACACUUGAUGCCUCUCCAUGCCGUUUUAGAGGGCCUGAUUAAGAUCCUGGGCACCAGAGAGCAACAAUUAGUCUCAAAGAUAGUGAGCAGAGAGCGGCUCAAAAUUAGUGCCAGCGAUCCUGAGUACAGUUUGAAGAUCAAUGCCCUUGCGUGGGAAGUUUACAAAAACUCGGACAUGGACAACCUUUACCAGCAACUCAUAAACAUUACUGACCAAGACGUAGAAAGACGGACUAUUGAAUCAGAUUGGCUCGAAUAUCGUAUCAAGGUUUUGAAAUCUAUGCCUCCUAAUCUCAAAGGCUUAUUUUUCCUCAAGGUCAGAGAGAUGGUUUUCGAUAUGAUUAUUGUUGAGCACGAUUCUCUGCAUGCCUGGCUGCUUUAUUUCGAGUGGAAAGAUUACCAAGACCUAGAUCAAAUGGACGUCAAUAUCAUUUCGGCUUUUAUGCGAAGAUAUCCAAAUGAGCCCUUGGCGGCGAUUUUAUACGCAUGGAUAAGCUCGAGGUUCUCCUCCUACGACUCAAAAAAAUUUGACGAACAGGCUUUUGGAGGUUUAAAUAAGCAAGGUUCUUCCACUGAAGAUAUUCUGCAAUCUGUCACUGAUGAGAUCGAUGAGGCUGAGAAAAGCGAACUGCGUAGGUUGAUGGACGAUCCUUCGGAACAAUCAACAUUAGGAUUGUCUGAAGAAGAAGUCCUCAUAGCUCUCACUGAUAACAUUAAGCAAGCCCAGCAAAGCAUGCUAGCGCACCGCAUUAUCUCGAGGUAUUUACUGCACUCAAAGCAAUAUGAACAAGGGUUACAGUACGUCAGAACUGGUAUUACUCUAGUCGCUCAAAAUGUUAAAUCAAUCUGCGCCCAAGUUCCUAACUCCAAAAGAGAGCUAACCUUGGAUCUAGCAACAAUUUACACAUAUCAUGAAGGCCCCAAGAAUCACAAAGCGGCGCUUGCCUUAUAUGAGAAGCUUUUGGAAGAGGAGCCCACAAACGUUCAAGCAAAAAUGGGGAAAGGUCUUAUUUUAGUUGAAAGAGGCCUAUGGCAGGAAGCUUGCGAUCUUUUGACAGAGGUCGCUACUUCGUACCCGGACAAUCUAGAAGUCGCCUCAGAGUUAAGUUGGAGUAAACUUCAUUUAGAUGAUGUUGCCUUCGCAGAGGAGAAACUUCAAUUUGUUCUGGAUCACAUAGUAGGUUCUGAUAACAGGGCCAUGGAAUUUAGAGCGCUUAACUAUUUGAGGCUAGCAAAGACUUUGAUCAAAAAGCAGACGUUAAAUGGCGCAGAUCCGGGCAUGGAAAACAUAAAGAAGGCAUUCAAGAACUUAAUUCAAGCCAUUAAGGUCUCUGACACAUUUGCACCAGCUUAUUCCACGUUAGGCGAGAUCUAUGCGAACUUUUACGCCGAUUCCAGAAGAGCCUUUAAGUGCUACCAAAGGUCUUUUGAACUCGACGCCAGUGACCUUCAAGCAGCUCAAUACAUGUGCGAACGUCUUUGUAAAACAAGAAACUGGCAGACUGCCGCUGCCAUUGCCGGGAGACUGAUCAAGGAAGAAAAGGCGAAGAGGGCUCUACAAAAAACUAGUUGGCCUUUCAGAGUCUUAGGUUUAUCCUUCCUCGAAAAACAAGACGCGGGUGGAUCAAUUCAGUGGCUUCAAUCCGCACUUCGCGUUGACAGUGCAGAUGUUCAAAGUUGGAUAGGUUUGGGCCAAGCUUAUUUGGCAUGUGGGAGAGUUGAAGCCUCUUUAAAAGCUUUUGAAAGAGCUUUGAACCUUGAUCAAGGCAAUGUGUUUGCCAAAUAUUUUCAAGCAAUGGCACUGGCCAAUCUGGGUUCAUGUGAAGACGGCAUUGAGCUUUUGGAGCAGCUAACUGAGCUGAACCCUCAUGAACCGGCAUUUCAUAUCUCUCUCGGAAAUAUCCUCAUUCAAAGUUCUUUAACUUUAUGCCAACAAGGAUUUUUGACAAAAUCAGUAACGAAAGCAUCUGAGGCGAUUAGGAGGAUGAAAAUUCUCACAGAGGACAAAAGUUGUUCAUAUUCGUCUGUCUGGUUUAUCAUAUCAAAUGCACUACGUUUAUUUCUGAAGGUGCAAAGUAAACUAGAUCUCUUACCCGUUGAAGAACUUUUCAUCUGCUUUGAGAACAGUUCCUUCAAGUCGCGUCCGGACCUUGAUUUUGAUGACACCGACCUCGCGAGUAUUGCGGCAAAUGAAAGUGACGACAAUAUGUCCCUUGCAUCAAAGCUUUUAAUUCUUUCAGGAAAGUAUGCUUUGGGUGCGCAAGAUUAUAAUGACUUCUCACGUACAACACGCGCUGCAUUGUGGUAUAACAUGGGCGUCGACGAGCUUCUAGCUUACCAUAAUUUGAAACUUGCCAAAAACAGAGAUGCUGCUAUCUAUUCCCUGAAAAAAUCCAUUGAGUAUCAAUCUAACACUGCUGAAUCAUGGUUGGCUUUUGGAAUAGCAUCUUUGGAUUUAAAUCUCAGAGUUUCUCAACACUGUUUCAUCAAAGCUGCGGCUUUAAGCCCUCGAGAAGUCAGAGCGUGGUAUGAUCUUGCAAUACUGGCCCUAAAAAACAAAGAUUUCGGUCUCGCGAGAUCAAUUAUAACCAAGUCAUUGAGUAUGGCUCCCCAAAAUCCUUUGCCAUGGCUGGCAAUGGCUUUAACUCCUGGAAUAUCCGAGGAUGGGAAGAGUUCUUCCAACCUUUUAUCGCAUGCCUUCAUCCUCUCUAACGGUCGCUCAUCGGCGGCUCAAAUUUUAUACGCCCAGGAUGUGUUUUCGCAAACGCUGAGCUCAUCACAAAGCGAAUCAAGCAUUGAGGCUGUUCAACGCUUGACGGCUGCAUCGGAAGGGUUGGAUGAUUACUUGCGGAAGUUCCCUGAUGACACAAACGCUUUAAAGCAUGCCAUCGUCAUAUCGGAACGACUCCAUGAUUAUCGAUUAGCAGAGUUCUUUUGCCGUCGCUUAUCAACGUUAUUAGAAAUUCGUUUCGAAUCAGCUCAGGAUGAGUCACAAUUAAAGGAAUUCGGAAUCAUCAAGGCUCAAAUGGCUCGCAUUUCUCUAGGGUUUGGAGAAUACGAAGCUGCGAUUGAUGCCGCAAAAUUGUCGUUAGGGCUCUUACUGGAGAAUGAUGAUUUACAGACUUCAGAAGCGAUCAUGUCAAAUUACAUUGUUCUCGGUCUAUCCUCUUUCUUCUUGUCUGAUAACGAGGAAACCUUCAAUUAUUUUCAAACCGCGUUGGAACGGUUUGGCGAAACGAGACAAGUCAUUACUUUAAUUGCAAAAAUUCUUUACAGUAUGGAUUCACACGAGACGCGGGGACUUGCCCUCAAAGAACUCGUUGAUUGCCUUUCAAGGAACGAAGGAGAUCUCGUUGUGACUCUGAUGAUAGCUGCCAUUUCCUUACUUGAUGAUUCCCCCAACGACAUGAAAGCAGUCCUCCAAGAGCUGCAAGGACUCCCAUUGAAGACUCUCACUUUUGAUCAACAAAAAAAUGUGCCCUUCUUAGUGGAAAGGAUAGAACAACGGUUGGGCUUGAAAGAUAACGAAUUUGAGUGCUGGAAGCGUUCGGCAUUUUUCUUUCCUAAUGAUAGUCGUUCAUGGUCUAAACUUGAUCGAAAAAUAAGUGCUCGUGUAGCCACAGAUUCUCAAAGCAAGGUGACAGCAGGCCAGAUGAGCGUUUUAUGUUGCGAGCUUCAGGAUCUUUCGAAACUGCAGAGAGGUAUAUUUCUUUGCCCAUGGAGCACUAAAGCUGUCGGAAUGCUAAAAAGCUGUUUUAUAUAG